AUGCUGUCCGUGCGGAGCUUCUCCGGAGAAGCACUUGCUGCAGUCUCAAUGGAGGAGUGUCGUUCCGUUUUGGAACUGAAGGCACAUUUGCGCAAGGAGUUUGGUUUCCCGAUAUGCUUGCAACAGCUCGUGUCUGAGGGCAACUGCUUAGAGGAUUCUAUGGAUGCGCCGGCUGACUGCCACUUGGUACGGUUGUCUGACAUUCCUGAAGAUCAUCAGGAUGCUGCCGGCGAAGAGUCUUCUAUAGCUGCCAAAUGCGGACUUCUUGAGACUGUACGCUUCCUUCUGCAAGCAGGUAUGGACAAGGACUGGGUGGAUGGAAAUGAAAAUGACUUUUCGGCUCUUAUGCAAGCAGCAGAUGCUGGCCACCUCGAGCUCGUGCGGCUUCUGGUGGAAGCUGGCGCUGACAAGGACCUGCAGGACUGUGAAGGCGUAACGGCGCUGAUGCUCGCAGCCGAGUCGGGCAAGACUGCGAUCGUGCGAAUUCUUGUGGAUUCUGGCGCGGAUGUGUGCCUCCGGGAUGCUAGCUACGACACGGCACUCAUGAAAGCAGUGUUUGAAGGGCACUCUGAGAUCGUACGUCUGUUGCUGGAUGCUGGAAGUAACGUCGGCACCGACGUCUGGAAGGAUGGCCUGCAUGAUGCUCUACUGAUGGCUGCCGGUGUAGGGCGCAGUCCCGUCGCGCGCAUGUUGCUGGCUGCUGGCGCUGACAUGAAUGCGAGGGAUGAUGAGAACGGUAUGACCGCCCUUAUGUUUGCAGCAAGUCGCGGCCAUGCCAACGUCGUACAGCUUCUUAUUGCAGCUGGAGCCAGCAAAGAUGCGCGGGACGAAAAGUGGAGGACUGCCCUCAUACAUGCAGCAGAUGCUGGUUUUGCUGACGUCGCACGCUUGCUUGUGAAAGCUGGUGCGGACAUCCACUUGCCGGAUGUGACAGGAUGCACCGCAUUUUUUGAAGCAGCUUCCCAAGAGCUGUGGUGGUGGAAGUCCUCGCAAGUUGACGAGCCCAAGGAAGGAUACAUCAAGAUCGUCCACAUGUUGAUGGACCUUGGUGUGGACAAGGACGUGCGGGAUGAAGAGUCCGGCAGGACUGUUCUCAUGUGUGCAGCAGAUGCUGGCCACUCGGAGCUCGUGCGGGUGCUGGUGGAAGCUGGCGCUGACAAGGACCUGCAGGACUAUGACGGUCGAACGGCUCUUAUGCUCGCGGCCGAGUCAGGCAAGACUGCGAUUGUGCGGUUUCUUGUGGAUUCCGGGGCGGACGUGUGCGUCCAGGAUGAGCAUUUCGGCGAGACGGCACUCACGAAAGCAGUGUGGGAAGGGCACUCGGAGAUUGUACCCCUUCUGCUGAAUGCGGGGACUCAAAUCGGCACCGGAGUGGAGGAUGAUGACCUGAAUGAUGCUCUAGUGGGAGCUGCGAUCCAAGGGCGGUGUCCUAUCGUGCGCAUGUUGCUGGACGCUGGCGCGGACAAGGAUGCGAGGAAUAAUGAAGACAUGACCGCGCUUAUGUUGGCAGCAAGCUUCGGCCAUGGCGAUGUUGUACGGCUUCUUGUUCAAGCUGGCGCGGACAAAGACUUGCGCGAUCGAUAUGGCAAAACAGCUUUUGCGCAUGCACGGUGUGCGAGCGGCCCUGACCAGUUGGAAGAUGAAGACUUACACUUACUACGCUCUGGGUCUUGCUGCUUUACAUCCGAUUCGGGAGCGAAGCGACGCCGACUUUGA